CGUCCACGUCCACACGGCUGCCCACGAUGCCGUCCACGCGACCAGGCUCCUCUGUCCCGCCGCAGAUUCCGGGCUACCUCAUCCCCAACGAUGCCGCCCAUCAGCUGAAGCAAGAGGUUGCGUCGCUCCUCGGACGCGACAACUUGCGAUUCCCGGGUGCGCAACCAGUCAGCUUCGCGCGCGAGCACCUCGCCGAGCUCCAGCGCAUGGAGUACUUCCUGUGCGAGAAGACCGACGGCGUCCGCUGCCUGCUGUUCCUCCACUGGCGCGACAACGGACAGGCCCUCGAGCCCGUAACCUUCCUUAUCGACCGCAAGAACAACUACUACGAGGUCACGCCUCCCCUCCGCUUCCCUUACUACCAGUCGCCCAGCAAUCCCGAGCAGUUCCUCUUCGCUACCAUACUCGACGGCGAGCUCGUGCACGAUGUCGACCGCGAGGACAGCGAUACAUCACCCCGACUUAUAUACUACGUCUUCGACUGUCUGGCAGUCGAUAAUCAGAAUGUAACGGGCCGUCCGCUAGACAAGCGGCUGGGCCGCCUUAAGGAAUACGUCCUUAAGCCUUACCAUAACCGGCCGCGCCAGCAGCCCUUUGAAGUCAAAGAGAAGCAAGUGUACCCGCCGUACCACGUCCGCAACAUGUUCGACAACGUGCUACCGAAUCUCCAGCACGGAAACGACGGGCUCAUCUUUACGUGCAAGAACACAAAGUACGAGUUCGGCACCGACCGGCACAUUCUCAAGUGGAAGCCGCCGCACGAAAACACAAUCGACUUCAAGCUCCGCCUCGGCGACUUCCCUCUCUUCGACCCGGAAGACGGCGAAGAGGGUCUCAUACCGGAUUACGACGCCAUGCCCACGCGCUUCCAGCUCCUCGUCUUCCACGGCAAAGACCACGGCCGCUCCGAUUACCGCCCCUUCGAGCACGACCUGCACAUCACCGAGCCCGAAUGGGAGAUGCUGAAAUCCCUCAAUCAGCGCCUCGAUGGCCGCAUUAUCGAGUGCUACCGCGAUGCCGCCGGCCACUGGAAGUUCAAGCGCGAGGACGACGGCAUGCCCCGCUGGCGCGACGACAAGCCCGACGCGAACCAUAUCCAGACGGUCAAUUCCGUGCUUGAGAGCAUCCAGGACCCGGUUACCGAGCAGGAUCUGCUGGAUGCCGAACCGCAAGUAAGGGAUGCGGUGCGUGGGCUGAGGAAGGCGGAGGAGGAGAGGAUGAAGAGGCAGCAUGCGCAGUGGCAGCAGGAGCAGAUUGACAGGGAUGCAAAGAAGCGCAAGUUUAGUGAGGUUAAUGGCCAUUGAUGGAUAUGUUGACGGUGCUGCUAGCUAAAUGGUAUAACUAAGGCCGGGGCCUCGGUCGUACCGCCUUUAAGAUUUGGAUGACGCGAUCGGAACGGCGAUUUUGGCGUUUUGGACUAAAUCAUUGGUCUCAAUGGACUCGCCAAGACUUGGAACUAGAUAUGGGAGACGCGGCGUUUUUACGGCUGGGAUUAGUCACAUUGAUAUGAUACCCGUGGGCCUACCUCUAUUUCGUACCACCUUGAAUAUAUGGACGCUUCUUCCCUCUCUCUACAUCUAGUGGAACCACGCGCAAGUCUUCUUGUUACGGGUUUACUACUUGUUGC